AGAUUCUCUGUUUUGCUGGUAUCCUUAUAUGGAAGAGGAGUUCUAUCAAAAAUGGCGAGCACUGAGUUGAGCGCAUUGUUGCCACAAGCGAAAAGAGUACAGCUGCUAGAACGGGAAGAAAUUGGAGAGGAUCGAAGGGAGCGGCCGAUGGAUCUUCCAGGUUUUCGAUUCCACCCCACGGAGGAGGAGCUGCUCGAUUGCUACCUGCGCCAGAUCGUUCACGGAAGGAAGCAGAACUUUGAUGUCAUUGGAAAUCUCAACAUCUAUCUCCACGAUCCUUGGGAGCUCCCAGGGUUGGCAAAGAUAGGAGAGAGGGAGUGGUACUUCUUUGUGCCGAGGGACCGCCGGAGCGGGAUCGGCGGCCGGCGGAACCGGACGACGGCUCGCGGGUUUUGGAAGGCGACCGGGUCCGACCGCCCGAUUCGGAGCGCGGCGGAUCCGCGCCGCGUCCUCGGGGUGAAGAAGACGCUGGUGUUCUACCGGGGACGCGCCGCGCGCGGAACCAAGACGGACUGGGUCAUGAACGAGUACCGACUGCCGGAGGCUCCCGCCGGAGACGUGCAUUUCAAGGAGGACGUAGUGCUGUGCAAGGUAUAUAGAAAGGCUACAUCGCUCAAGGAGUUGGAGCAGAGAGCGGCGAAAACAGAGGAAGAGGAGGAGGAGGACGCCGCCGCCACCGCCACCGCCACCGCCAAAGCAUCAGCACCCCACGUUUUCAGUUCUGACCAAGGUACCUACUACCGUCGGAGCUCAGUACUGUCUCCUCCGAAUUUGGAUGCUAAGGAGGAGACGAAGCAAGAGGCGGCGACGCAGGCGAGAGAUAUCGAGAUCCUGUCGUCAUCGUCGUCGUCGUCGGUCGUCGGUCGUCAGUCGUCAGACCAAUGAUCCUCCCGGAGCUCCAGGCCGUUCCCGAGAGCGGUCUGGAGUACUGGCUGCAGGAGGAUCCCUUGUUGACGCAAUUGAGGAGCCCAUGGAUGGAGCUCUGGUCUCCAUGUGCCGACAUCCUCCUUCAUCGCCAAUAAACCACAUUAAUUGACAUGUACGACAUAAAGAAUUUGCCAUAUAGCGAAACAGGGGAAACAGGAAGACCCUGCCUCGCACCAUCCUGUUGGGAAUAUAUUUCUCUUGUUCAACGGCUACUUGUUCAAUAAAAAUUUGAAGGAUCAAGUUAAAAUUUAA